GUCAUCGACGUCACUACCGCACCUGCGCAGCCAUCUUGCAUCUCUAAGGAGCAACGGACACCGAAAAGGAGGAAAAAGGAGUAAACAUACCACCCAAAUCAGCCGAAACAGGGACAUGUCCGCUACAUUUAGGAGUAUAUGAAAUCGUAAAGGUCGAGCGCAGAGGAACGACCAGGCGGCAGACACGGAGACGACAAAACCGCCAUCAAGUGCCUGUGAUACCGGACUUACAAGUCAUCGUUUUUCUGCCGGAGCAGGAAGGAAGAGGAAAAACACUUCUCCGCUCACACAAUGAACCCCGAAUAUGACUAUCUGUUCAAGCUCCUGCUCAUUGGAGACUCUGGCGUGGGAAAAUCCUGCCUCUUACUUCGCUUCGCUGAUGACACCUACACGGAGAGUUACAUCAGCACCAUCGGCGUGGACUUCAAAAUCCGCACCAUUGAGCUGGACGGAAAGACCAUCAAACUGCAGAUUUGGGACACUGCAGGGCAGGAGAGGUUUCGUACCAUCACCUCCAGUUACUACAGAGGAGCUCACGGCAUCAUCGUUGUGUACGAUGUGACAGAUCAGGAGUCCUACAACAAUGUGAAGCAGUGGCUUCAGGAAAUCGACCGCUACGCCAGCGAGAACGUCAACAAGCUUCUGGUGGGCAACAAAUGUGACCUGACCACUAAGAAAGUGGUGGACUACACCACGGCCAAGGAGUUUGCUGACUCUUUGGCCAUCCCCUUUCUCGAGACCAGCGCCAAGAAUGCCACCAACGUGGAGCAGGCUUUCAUGACCAUGGCCGCUGAAAUCAAGAAGCGAAUGGGCCCCGGGGCCACAGCAGGUGGCGACAAACCCAACUUGAAAAUCGACAGCACCCCUGUCAAGCAGUCUGGUGGAGGCUGCUGUUAAAGAAGCCCUUGUUACUCCCCCCACUCCCCCACCCCACCCCUCCCUCCAUCACACCCUCUGACCCCCCCCGAGGCCCUGUCAGCCUGGCUGCAGGUUCAGGCAGCGAGACAAGUUCACAUUUAUUUCCAGUGUGUUGGUGAGGGAGCGACUGAGACCAAGAGGACCUGAACGCAGACGGACAGUGACGACUUAGAGAGUGAAACGGUCCGACUUUACAUACAUAUGUCUCCAAACCCAGCACCCCCUCCCCCAGCCCAAAUGGCACGUGAGUGCUGAGCUGUUUUUAUGCUAACGUUGACCCCUUGCGAAUGAGGAUCCAAGGAACCAGUUUACCACAAACUAGAUUGAUUUGACAUCACUGUGGCAGUCGAGAUUCUCACAAACGUGUUCGGUGCCACGUAACACAUUUGUGAACAGGACGUUGUUCCCCGAGUUCCAAAAAAAUCCCAGUUGACUGCCUCAAAACCGUGAUGAGAGAAGCGAGGCCACUUUAAUCGGCUGUUGGCACAGAUGGAGAACAGAAUCCUGGUUUUCCCACUGCGCGUAUUCGUGGUUGGGGACACUCGCAUUGACUUUUGGGGGGUGCGCUCGCAGUGUCUCGGGGGCACUGACAGGGACGUCCGGGAACGCAGCCGCAUCUGUUAUUCAGUGGACUCGGAUGAGUUUGUUUUGAGGAAAACAGCUCGGUACUUGUCGGGCUGCCGGUGGGUUGCUUAGUACGCCGCUGGCGAGGCUUUAAGGGUUUUUUUUUUUUAAAUGCUUCAGUCUUAAAAACAAAUCAUUUCACAUGUAAAAAGUGGUGUUUCAUCUGUGGAAUUCCAGGAGUGACACUAAAUAACGCAGAGAGGCGGGGCAGGGGGCGGAGUCAGUGAUAACCAGAAGCAUUUUGAAUUCACGAUACUGUUAUUUGUUGUUUUUACUUUCUCAUUGAUGUCUUGUUUUUGGGGACAACUUGUUCAGUUUACUCACGUUAGUUUUCAGGUUCAGUUUGUUGCUGGUUUGCAGAUGAAGCCGGUGUGGAAGUGGAGGAGGGGUGUGGCUAGUGGCAGAAGGGGCGGAAUCUUACUAAAACCGCUGUUUCUUCCAUGAGAACACGGAGUGUUUGGACAAGUUUUUCGCACCUGUCAGGUGUCUCCAUUGGACGUCAGAGGGACGUGGAAAUGGUUUAAUAGAAACGUAGGACAAGAGCGCCCCCUGCCCUCUGUGCUCUGCACUACAAUGAAAUAUGAGCUCUGUUCACGGUUUGAAACCACUCUGUAACAUAGCGCCUGCUUUCAGUUUGCCUUCCCUCUCACAAAACGCAUCCGCUCAUUUUUCCCUCACUUUGUGAACGUUUUUUUCCCCCACGCGCAGCUGUAAGUCUCCAACGCCGUCCGUGGUCUCGCCAGGCGGGUUGUGUGGGAGUGUCUGGAGGCUCAGGGAUUGACUGGUCCUGGUUCGUUGACCGGAUAUGAACUCCCGACUCCGGCCUCCAGCCAACCGCGUCGCUGAAAGCAGGUAGAUCCUCUCUGAUCCUCCUCGCACUCCGGUUCACUUCCACCUUCUCUGCCGGGGAAACGAAACCACGCCUCCACGCCGUGCCCAGCAGGGGGCAGUAAAGUGCAGCUCCCUUGUGAAUUUUGGUCAGCUGCACGUCAAACACUCUGAUCAUCUCAAACCUUCACAGUGUGACACAGAAUCGAUCCCUGUAACACAACACUCCACUUCCUGUUCUAGUGUUUUCAAAGCUGAUCAAUAAAUACAAUAAAAAAACAAAUGAAAGAGUAACUGUGGACUUUCUGUCUCAAACCUCAGCAGUUUAACACCCUGCUGCAAAUCUCAAUAAAUCAGAGGUUUCAUUCUGAGGGAACACAGUGGGUGAUUUUUUUUUUUCUUUUUUUUUUUUUUUUAACAAAAAAAACUUUAAGGAUGCGGUAGGUGUCCAUCAUCGCAGUCACCUGACAGAGGGGGGGCAGUCAGAAUGCUGACAACCCCCCUCCCCCCAGUUCUUUGUGACAUCACAAGGCAAGAAAUCUAAAGGGCAUUUUUUUGAGCAGAUCUAGAUGACUGUCGAAGUGUAACGGAGUUGUUUUCAAUCUGAGGACCACAAAACCACAUCCGUCCGUUUCUCACAAAGAUGGGCGAGCACAGAACCGCUCCUCUGUGUGUCCGCUGAAAUAUUUAUGCUAAAUCAUCUGCAACAUUCAAACAUGUUAAAACCCGCAGUUUAAGCUUUGACCAACAGGCUGCACACUGACAAAACAACAUCAAACAAUUUUUUUUUUUUUUUUCACGUUUGUAAACUGUUACAAGCUUUGAAAAUUAGUCUCGUGUAAGUGUUUUUGAUUUUCGGCAGCUUCAUUGCUGAAGCUUCAUCACGCCGUGUUUGACCCAAACGCAUCGAUGACGCAACAGAAAGCUGCAAAGACAUUUUUUUUUUCUUCUUCUUUUUCUAGCUUGCAGAACUGAAAUGUACUUUGUGAAACUGGAAUCUAGCAUGUUUGUGUGUGGAUUAUUAUUUUGUUUUGGUUUCUUGGGGGCGUCACACGGCUCUCAUUCGAGUAGAUGCAGAACAAACCAUCCACAAACAUUUACAUCCGAGAUGUUUUGAACGAUGACGACUGAUUUCAUUUGUAUUUUUAAUUUUUCUUUGAAACGAUUGUCUUGAUGUUUUGAUUUUCACGUAUUCAUUUAUUGCUGUUGUGUCUGGUCCAUCACAUGAAGGGAAUGAGGUCUUAAGGCAGGUGGGCGGGGCUUGCUUACAAAUGUGAUUCUGAAGAAACAAAGCUUCUUUUUCUGCUGUUUUUUUGUGUGUUCAGAUUUUGGGAGCAAAGAGGGUCUUUUUUAUGUUAUUUGCACACGUGUUCAUUGUUUAGUGGCUUAAUGAAGGCACUCGUUAGGCAUGAAUAAAAUGAACCUCACCUGUCACCUUCUGUCUUUUCUGUUGCGCUUGUUCUCUUGGUGCCGUCUUCUGCUGAGUUCUGCCAUGUUUUUAUUUCUGUACAUAUUAUAAAUAUAUAUAUAAUAAAAUCAUG